AUGGAUCAGGCUGAAAAGCUUCAACAAGCAAUCCACCUGCUAAGUUCUAUAACUUCAGGUUCGUCUUCGUCCAGCGAUCAAACGCGGCGUUCUAGUGAACAGGAAGGAGAGGAAGCACAAACUGCACUUUUCCGUGGAUCGCGAUUGCAAGACCGUGGAAGUCAACGUGACGAGGGCUCUUGUCGGCGUGCAUUAGACGCAGUAAGGUUAGUACGAGAACGUCUAGAAGCACGUCAACCAAGUAGAGCGGAAUCAGUCCUAGCAGAACAACGAGCUAACUUUUCUUCGUACGGUUCAUCAAAAAGAUCAAAGAAAAGUACCACGAGGAGCAGGUGCUGGACUCUGAAGGCAGUUUGUCUCAGUAGCAGGAAUGCGUGUCAGGUACCGUGUACACUAGCGCAACGCGAAGCACUGGUUGAAGCCGGUUUAGGAGAGAAAAGAGUUGUCAUCUUGGACAUUGACUCGUGUUCAACUUGCGAUUUCAAGGCUCACUUGAUAGAAACGUUUCAAAAACUAGAUGGUUGUGGUGGAUUUGAUCUUCUGAGAUGCUUACCAAAUUCAAAAAGUCUUGAGUUCAUCUCUACAACAAUAGCUCAAUCUCCGAAACUAUUGAAGAGCGUGAUUGGUAAUGGCAAAGUAUACAUUCGGCCAAUCCAAAAAGACCUAAAGCUUGAAGUUGAUGACAAGUUAGCGCUGCCGAGUCAGGCGAAAGAGACGUGUAUGUAUUGCAACGAAGCGGUGUUCCUUCAGGAUCUAAGACGACAUGUGUUUUCGUGUGAACAGAGACGGUAAGACUCUAUAGACCCUGUGAUUUAGUACUGUAGUAAUCAAG